GGAAGCUCAAAGCCCUCGGCUGGUAGAUGGAGUUGCAAGGUCUUCGAGACCCGAGCGCAGGGGCGUGCGAAGAGGAAAAACUUGCGGCAGGAACUUCCUACCGAGGGGAAAGAAAAGCAGGAGAGAAGGAGGCAGGGAGAGACUUGAAAUGUCUCAGUAACUUUAAAAACACACCAAAACACCCCUUGCAAGAGAUGAGGAUGGCAUGCCGCUAUAAAUUCAUUGUUCCACCUCCUCGCAUCUUCACAGCGCUCGCGCUGCUCUCGGCGCUCGCAGCGGCCGACUGGGGAUGACCGCGGUCAGGAAGACACUGCAUCCGAAGGAGCACGGACGCGCCGCUUCACUGGCUCCCCGCAGGCCGCCCCUUGCAUUUUUUGUUUUAAUUUUUAUGGCUUUUUUUCUCUCUUUCUUCCCGUCCUCCUGGUUCCAGUAGAGUCAAGGAAACCCACAAAAUAAGAAAGGAAGUGGGCUCCGGAGCUUGGAACCCCCGCCGCCGGCGGGUCCAGAACAGCAAGGGGCGGGAGGCAGCGCGCACCAGUUGCCCGCCUGGUGCGCGGCACCAUCCUUACUUUUCUUCGUGCCGCGAUAGUGGCUGCACUUGGGGUUGGAUUUAGGUUGUUGUUGUUGUUGUUGUUUUCCCCCUUUCCUCGUAUUUGCGGAACCUCCACAACCCGGCUUUUCUCUUAAUUUUUUCCCUUUUUUCCGGAGCACAAAUCCAAACAUUUUCCAAACCAACAAAGAAAAGUUCGCACGCUGGCACUGAGGCUGGGACAGGCUGGCGCUGCCGCCGGGUCCCCCUCCUUCCGACACUUGACUCAACCUUGCAAGCAAGUGUGUGUGUGCCCCCACCUCCCGCCCUGGUAACUUCCAUAGCGAAUAACAAAUACCCAUAAAGUCCCCGUCGCGCAGCCCCUCCCUGCGGGCAGCGCACUAUGCUGCUCGGGUGGGCGUCCCUGCUGCUGUGCGCGCUCCGCCUGCCCCAGGUCGCGGUCGGCCGCGACGCGGCACCUGCCCAGGAUAAAGCCGGGCAGCCUUGGGCUGCUGCAGCUGCCGCCCAGCCCCGCCAGCGGCAGGGGGAGGAGGCGCAGGAGCGGGCCGAGCCUCCGGGUCACCCGCACCCCCUGGCGCCGCAGCGCAGGAGCAGCGGGCUGGUGCAGAACAUCGACCAGAUCUACUCCGGCGGCGGCAAGGUGGGCUACCUCGUCUACGCGGGCGGCCGGAGGUUCCUGCUGGACCUGGAGCGGGAUGGUUCGGUGGGCGCCGCUGGCUUUGUGCCUUCAGGAAGCGGGCCGAGGGAGACCCGGCGCCACGGGGACCACUGCUUCUACCGCGGUACGGUGGACGGCAGCCCCCGCUCCCUGGCGGUCUUUGACCUCUGCGGUGGUCUCGACGGCUUCUUCGCGGUUAAGCACGCGCGCUACACCCUGAAGCCGCUGUUGCGCGGGCCCUCGGCCGAGGCCGGGCGAGUGUACGGGGAUGGGUCCUCGCGGAUCCUGCACGUCUAUACCCGCGAGGGCUUCAGCUUUGAGGCCUUGCCACCGCGCACUAGCUGCGAGACUCCCGCGUCCCCGCCGGGGCCUCGCGAGCGCCCCCCGGCGCACAGCAGCCCAGACGGACGCUGGGCGCUGGCCCCGCAGUUCCUGGACCAGUCGGCUCCCUCCUCCGACGGAGGCCAGGGACCCCAGACGUGGUGGCGGCGGCGGCGCCGCUCCAUCUCCCGGGCCCGCCAGGUGGAGCUUCUCCUGGUGGCUGACGCGUCCAUGGCGCGCAUGUAUGGUCGGGGCCUGCAGCAUUACCUGCUGACCCUGGCCUCCAUCGCCAACAGGCUGUACAGCCACGCCAGCAUCGAGAACCACAUCCGCCUGGCCGUGGUGAAGGUGGUGGUGCUGGGUGACAAAGACAAGAGCCUGGAGGUGAGCAAGAACGCGGCCACCACGCUCAAGAACUUUUGCAAGUGGCAGCACCAGCACAACCAGCUGGGGGAUGACCACGAGGAGCACUAUGACGCGGCCAUCCUGUUUACGAGAGAGGAUUUAUGUGGGCAUCAUUCAUGUGACACCCUGGGAAUGGCAGACGUCGGGACCAUAUGUUCUCCGGAGCGCAGCUGUGCCGUGAUUGAAGAUGAUGGCCUCCAUGCAGCAUUCACUGUGGCUCACGAAAUUGGACAUCUCCUUGGCCUCUCCCAUGAUGAUUCCAAAUUCUGUGAAGAGAAUUUUGGUUCCACCGAAGAUAAGCGCUUAAUGUCUUCCAUCCUAACCAGCAUCGAUGCAUCCAAGCCCUGGUCCAAGUGCACCUCAGCCACCAUCACAGAAUUCCUGGAUGAUGGCCACGGUAACUGUUUGCUAGAUCUACCACGCAAGCAGAUCCUGGGCCCCGAAGAACUGCCAGGACAGAUGUACGACGCCACGCAGCAGUGCAACCUGACCUUUGGGCCCGAGUACUCCGUGUGCCCCGGCAUGGACGUCUGCGCCCGCCUCUGGUGCGCCGUCGUGCGCCAGGGCCAGAUGGUGUGUCUCACCAAGAAACUGCCAGCUGUGGAGGGGACACCAUGUGGGAAAGGGAGGAUCUGCCUACAGGGCAAGUGUGUGGACAAAACCAAGAAAAAAUAUUAUUCAACAUCAAGCCAUGGCAACUGGGGAUCCUGGGGGUCCUGGGGCCAGUGUUCUCGCUCAUGUGGGGGAGGAGUACAGUUUGCCCAUCGGCACUGCAAUAACCCCGCACCUAGAAACAGUGGCCGUUACUGCACGGGGAAGAGAGCCAUCUACCGCUCCUGCAACGUCAUGCCCUGCCCACCGAACGGUAAAUCUUUUCGUCACGAGCAGUGUGAGGCCAAAAAUGGGUAUCAGUCUGACGCAAAAGGAGUCAAAACAUUUGUGGAAUGGGUUCCCAAAUAUGCAGGCGUCCUGCUGGGGGACGUGUGCAAACUGACCUGCAGAGCUAAGGGCACCGGUUACUACGUGGUGUUUUCUCCAAAGGUGACGGAUGGGACUGAAUGCAGGCCAUACAGUAACUCCGUCUGUGUCCGGGGCAAGUGCGUCCGCACUGGCUGUGACGGUAUCAUCGGCUCGAAGCUGCAGUACGACAAGUGUGCCGUGUGUGGGGGAGACAACUCCAGUUGCACAAAGGUGGUUGGAACUUUCAAUAAAAAAAGUAAGGGUUACACUGACGUGGUGAGGAUCCCCGAAGGCGCAACCCACAUAAAAGUCCGACAGUUCAAAGCCAAAGACCAGUCUCGAUUCACUGCCUACUUAGCCCUGAAGAAGAAAAACGGUGAGUACCUUAUCAAUGGGAAGUACAUGAUCUCCACCUCAGAAACCAUCAUCGACAUCAAUGGAACCGUCAUGAACUACAGUGGUUGGAGCCACAGGGAUGACUUCUUGCACGGGAUGGGCUACUCAGCCACGAAGGAAAUUCUCAUAGUGCAGAUUCUUGCAACCGAUCCAACUAAAGCGUUAGAUGUCCGUUACAGUUUUUUUGUUCCCAAGAAGUCCACCCCAAAAGUCAACUCUGUCACCGGCCAUGGCAGCAAUAAAGUGGGCUCACCCAGUCCACAGCUGCAGUGGGUGACAGGCCCAUGGCUUGCCUGUUCUCGAACCUGUGACACGGGCUGGCACACCAGGACGGUGCAGUGCCAGGACGCCAACCGCAAGUUAGCAAAGGGAUGCCUUCUCUCUCAGAGGCCUUCCGCGUUUAAGCAAUGUUUGCUCAAGAAAUGUUAGCCUGUGGUGAUGAUGUUCUGCAGAGAUAACUGGGCGUCUCAUCACAGAGCAGUCCUGGCCAAUGGUGGUGAUCCAUCGUGGUGAACGAGAGGUCUACGUAAAGCACAGAAAGUCGCACUUCGAUGGCAUUGUCAACUGGAGUCUAAUUAUGGGCAGAAUCUGCUCUCGGUGACCAAAGGAAGAUGUGCACUGUUCCGUGUGAACAGUGGUGACCUUGGAAUCUAAGAAACACUUGGGAGUUAUUGAACAUCCCCUGGGCUACAAGAAUGAAAAAACACUGAUGAAUGUAGAAUCAGGGGACAUUUGAAGAUGGCAGAACACCAGUCUCCCCCUUGUCACCUACCUCUUCUAGAAUGUCUUCAAAGGCAUCAUAAUCAUUAUCAUCCACAAUACACAGUAGCUUAUUUUUACUGUUUGUACAUACAUUCUCCCUUGAUAUGUCACUUUAUAUCACUUGGUUCUAUUAAAAAAUAUGUGUGUGUAUACACACACACACACACACACACACACACACACACAUAUUUCUAUAAAAAAUGUUUGACCAAAGUAGGUCUGCAGCUAUUUCAACUUCUUCUGGUUUCCAGAAAGAGCUGUGGAUGUUUUACUGGAAAUUAAGAACUUGCUGCAGUUUUAACAAGAUUUCGCAUACUUUCAGACUACAGGAGAUCAAAUUUUAGUCAAAAACCAUUUUGACAGCAAGCAUCUUCUGAGAAAUUCUAAGAAGAAAAAGGAUCUCAGUGUAUCUAGUCAUUUAAAUACAUACACGGGUCCAUUUCCUUAAACUUCUGACUGCCUGCAUUUUUUUAGGCAGCCAGCCGAACUGAUGCAUAAUUAGGAUGUAGAAAUAGUGUUUGCGUGUGUGUAUGUUAUGAGUAUUCAAGAGUCUGAAAACUAGUUUCUCACCCUAAAAACUAGUUUCCUCAUGUUAGAAUUUAAGAGGAAAAAAAAACCGUAUUUCACCAUAGUCUCGAUUUAUAUUUUCACACCAAUUUCCCCGUUUGGAAGCUUUCAUCUGAUACCUUAUAUUGUGUAAUAUUCAUACAAAACACACUGCAGAGAGUUUUCUGUUCGCAUCCAAAACCUUCAACACUGGUAUACCUCUUACCAGCAAGCCUUUAAAAUGUGUUUGUUUUUGCUUGUCUGUUUAAGGGUUCUGUAAGACCUACAAUGUUUUGUACUUCUUGUUGACUUAGUUUGAUAGGAGUAUUAAAGAUCACUUUGUAGUUAGCCACAUCUAGAAGUGGUUAUCAUUAAUGUGGCUCAUGCAAAAAAAAAAAAAAUAGUGGUUAGUAUUAAUAAGACUGUUUCCACACCUUACAGGCAAUAAUUCUUUGCAUUUUCUUUUUAAAUCCAAGUUUACUGAUACUGUAACUUAAGAUUUUUCCCAAUUGGAAAGCAUUUGGUUGUACCCCUAAGUGUUUGAGUGAUGAAAUGUGAUGAUUUUUGAGAAGUUUGUCUCUUCUAUUUCUGUAGUCUGUCUAGGUAGGUUGUUAAGUUUGGAUAUUAGAUAUGGAAAAGUUUUACAAUCACAUGCAUAAAAAUCCCUUUUUAAACAGUAAACUGCACCCCUCCACCCCAUAGCUCAGAAAAUCCAAGGUGUUCAAUUUCAUUGGAAUUCCUUUUUCUUUAUGAAAUAUUACAAAGCCAAUUGUUUGUUAUAAAUUUUUAUAAUAAUCAUACCAAAUGUGCCUACUCUUAAAGAUUUGCAUAUAAAGAUGUUAGGGGACCAUUGUUUGAGUUCCCUUAAGCUCACAAGAGUUUAUUUUUAUUAGAAGAUAUUUUUAAUAUAAAAGAAUUAUGUAAUUGAUCUAGCUAUAUCACAUUCAUUUUAGUGGGCGAGGAGAAUGGAUGUCUCGCUGUUUUACCAAUUAUUUGGUAAAACAAAUAAUUGUUCUACAAAACUGAUAAUCAUCCUUUGGCUUUUCAUAGACUGUCUUUGCUUUAGACGUGGUCAUUUUUCUUAAUAAAUUAUUAAUUAGGGAAAUGAGGCCCAUAUAGAACUUUUGGCCUCCAUACAUUUGAUGGAGGUCACCAGAUAAAAGGCAGACGGAAGGAAGCUAGUCAAAUCAGUCAGAAGAAAAAUUUUAAAUUACACCAACUAUUUAACUAUUCCGAGAGAAUUAAUAGUGAGGCCAACGUUACUUUUUCCCAAUUUUUGAAAUAAUUUUUAUCAAUUAACUCAAUUCUGAUAAAGUUUAUUUUUAUCUUUUGUGGCUAUAUUCACAGCAACAUUAAGAAAUAACUGAAGGGCAAACAUGCUUGUCUCCUACUCUGCUCCUCUCUACUGUAUUCAUAGAGGUUUUUAGCAUGACCUAUCAUUAUUUUCCCGCAUAUAAAGAAGUUUUACACUUCUCAAUGAAACAAGUCUAGAGAGCUUAAAAGGAAUAAACCACUAUUCCAUGCUUUUAAGGAGUUUUCUUUAGUUUUUUCAUAUGAGUAUCAAUAGAUUGACUGAGGAAUGUAUGUCUAUCUAAACUCCUGAGAAAAACUAUAUAGACUAGAAACUGAAAUUCAGAGAAAUGGAGUGUUCAGUAGAUACAAAGAAUGAUAAAGGGAAAAUCCUCCAUAAUGAAAUCUAGUUCAGUCCAGUUGGAUGUUGGACUAUUCAUUUCACCUUUACAGACUUGCAUCGUGAAAAGAAGUCUGAGAUUCAUGAUGCUGAGGCUCCUUCCUUGGGGAAAAAAAAAAAAAAAGUUUGUCUGAAAAUGCUCAGGUUAGUAAGAAUCUAAUCCCACAAAACGAAACACUCCAGAUUAAGUUUCACUGAAAAAAGGGAGCCCAGAGGAAAACAGCAUUUCUUUCUUCUGGAACAGAAAAGGCCAAAUUAAGCCCUGCCUUGUUGUUUAAAGGUUUAAGGGUGUUAUUUUGAUCUAUUCAGUCAAUUCAACUUCCUUUGCCUUCCUGUGGAAACAGUUUUAUCCCAUUAAACUAAGAAUUAAGGGAUUUAUCACAAACAAAAAUAAAGUUGCAGCACUGAAAAAAAGUAAUUUAUUGUUUUUGCGACUGGUAUGUGAAUUUGUGUGAUAAAAAUAUUUAUUCUUAUUUAACAAAAAUAUGUGCAAAUUCUAUAUUUAAAAUGUUUUGCUGUUGUCCUACUUUUAAUUUAUGCUUCAUGUUUGUGUAUAAAGUACACUUUGUGAGUUUACAUAAUAUACAGCACUGGUUGCUUUCGUAUUUUUUUACAGAAGGCUUUCUGCGUGAAACAGGCAUAUAUGUUUAUAUUCUCCACGUAUCCUUAUUCUGAUAAUAUACUUUUCCUUUCUAAGGAAGUUUUAAAUUUAAUCUUUCUUAACUAGUAGUGUUCAUUACUUGUAGUUACAUUAAUCAGUCUUUUGGGUUUCAUUAAUACUAAUUUUUCUAAGUCACAGAUAAGAAAAACACUUAUUCAAGCAACUAAGGUCUAAUUCUAAACUUGAUAUAUAGAUAGCCUGGAAGCUUCCCAUAGAAGCUAAGACACAGUUGAAAAUCAGGUCCAUUCAUUUCACUGAUAAACCGGGACAAGGAGCUGUUGAUGUAUUAUAUGAAAUUUGUAUACAUACAACUUCCCAAGAGACACUGAUGAUAAUAAAACCAAAUAUUGUCCUUUGCUGCUUUAAAAACACUCUUUAAAAGUUAAAAUCAUUUAGUCUCUAGUACUGGUAGGAUUCGAUAGUGAGAGUAAACAAAUUGAAUUUAAGUUUUUCAAAUAUUAGUAGUCAUGGAUAGUUCUGUGACUAUGGGGUCUCCAUUUGAUAGAGUGUGACUUUGUACUACUACUAAUGAAUUUCAUAGAGUGCAAAUAGGACUUGGGACAAGCAGGGACACCUUUGAUCACAUCAGCUUGCCUCUGACUAGGAUUUCAGUCUGGUCACAGCAAAAAGGCAAAGCACCCUUGGAUAUACAAUUGACCAGAUCAAUCUCUGGUUCUGACAUUCCCCCCCUUGACUCCUUCCUUAGUAACAAGGUCAUUGUAAUGGUUUAUGUGAGCACAACAACCAGAUUCAGUGAAGUCCAGAACCCGUGUAUGACUUAAGAGUUCACUUUUUUUGUGAAGUAAGAUUGAAAUUUAUAAUGGCCAAAUUUUGCUAAUAGUUUAUGGCUGAGGAUUGGUGACUAUUACUAAUCUAUUUAUAAUUAAACUUGAGGUGAUAAAAAAUCCCUUAUAUUUUUUAACAUUUCAAAGUUAGUGAAUGAAUAACCAUGAGUACAGAAAUGAUUAUCCAAAUUUAUCAUAGAACCAAGGUCAGGGUCAAGGUAAUCUAUUACUUAGAAACACAAAAAGGAACUUGUAUAUUUUCUCUAUUUAUCAUUUUUCUUAUUUGCCAACAACCUGUAGUUUUAGACUGUCAAACAGGUAGAUCAAUUUAGCUAAUUAGUCCACUGAAAAAAAAAUCUUCCUAAUAAUCUCCCUGCCAGCAUGAACUAGAGAAAUACUUCUCAAGUUAUAGGAUCACGAAACAUAUGUCUAUAAUGUAUAAUUAUCUUCUAGUCCAUUAACAUAUGGGAACAUAUUGAAACAAGAACCGAUUGCAUUAGUGAGACAAAAAUGCAAAUAUACCUUAUGUUCAGAUCACAAAAGUAUUCGAUCUGCCAGAUGUCUUUCUGGUGCAGUGAUACCAUAAUUCUCAAUGAAGACUUUGUGGGAGAAAAAAUAAAAACAUGUUGUUAGAAGUUGUUGGUUUUAAAAGAGACUAAGCCUGAAAUGUACAUAUUAGUUAACCCAGUUAAUUGCACCUUCUUAAUAUAGUAGCACUUUAGCAAUAACUUGGCUACCUGUGGUUCUGAUCCUGGAGCUCCACCAACUGGUCCAUGUGGACUGCUAGAGGUCAAAUGAAAAACCAAAUGGCCCACCAUCUUAAGGCAUGGCCACAUCAGAGUGAUCCAAAGUCUAACACUGUGAGGAAAACUGUGAUUUGUAAAUAAAGCAGCAUUCUUUUUUCUUUUUUCAUUUUCUUUUAGCACAUCCAAUGAACAACUGUAAUUUUUAUCAAGGUGCUAAUAUCUUCAGCGAUCAACUGUCAAGUGUGGGAUUUGUGAGUUACUAUUUUAUUCUACAUGAUUUUUCAAUUUGCAAAAGAGAACUCAGUUUUGGGUCAAGGCA